AUGGACUUCAUUACCGAGUUCACCCUCCCAAAAGAUGACAACCCCACCAAUGAGACAAAACGGUGGACGAUCCAGACUGAUGGUUCGUCAACUCAAAAGAGAAAGGGAGUAGGGAUCACCAUAGUCACCCCCAACGGAGAAAUGCUCAAGUACGAAGUUCAACUAAAGUUCCCAGCCACUAAUAAUAAGGCCGAAUACGAAGGAAUACUGACAGAGCUGAGACUCAAGAAGGCACUCAGGGCUAAGAACCUGUUCAUCCAGAGCGAUUCGAAAUUAAUCCUAAGAGGCCAGAACAUGGCAGCAGACGAGAUCGCAAAAAUGGCCUCGUUAGAGGAAGGGUCAAUGAGCAUGGAGUUAGACAUGGAGGUCCAAAAGCGCCCCAGCAUCGAAGAAGUCCCAACAUUUGCAAUCCAGAGCACAAACAACUGGAUGACACCGAUCGUAUCUUUCCUCCAAGACGGGCGCCUCCCUCAAGACACCGAGGAGGCCAAGAAGAUCAAGAAGAGGGCAGCCAGAUUUACGAUCCUAAAUGACACCUUAUACAAGAAACGCUUCUCCAUGCCUUACUUCAAGUGUGUCGACGAAGAGGAAGCCAAGUACAUUCUGGAAGAAAUCCACAAAGGAGGUUGCGAGGACCAUGCUGGCCCAAGGUCAUUUGAACAGCGACUUCCAGCAGAGAGAUUGACGACGAUAGCAUCCCCGUGGCCAUUUGCACAAUGGGGAAUCGACAUCGUUGGCCCGCUGCCCCAAGGUAAAGGUCAGGUAAAAUUCCUACUAGUUGCUAUUGAUUACUUUACAAAGUGGGUCGAAACAGAGGCACUAGCAACCAUCACUGAAGCAAGAAUCCGGAGCUUUAUGUGGAAGAAUAUAAUUUGCAGGUUCGGGAUUCCAAGGACGAUCAUAUCAGAUAAUGGGUGGCAGUUCGACAGCCAAGGUUUCAGAGACUUCUGUUCAAGCCUAGGCAUUAAGAACCAGUUCUCAUCCCCAGGGUAUCCACAGGCGAAUGGACAGAUGGAGGUGACGAAUCGGACACUACUCAAGAUUAUCAAAGCUAAGCUGGACGACGCAAAGAGUGCCUAG